AUGCUCUUACUGAGAGCUUCUUUUCAUCGGGCGCCCGUCCACCUUCAUCGGGGCCUGAGGCAAACGACUGGAAGCCGCAACCUGAGGCCACGCUUGUCAUUCCACGCGAGACAAAGCCACCGAUGUCUUCAGACUGACAGUUUUCUACAUGGGACUACUGCAGACUACCUGGACGAUGUAUACGCCAAAUGGCAGGAGGACCCAUCCUCGGUUGAUGAAUCCUGGAAAACGUAUUUCGAGGCUAUAGAAAACGACAAACCUCCACCGCCACAUUUGUUUCGACUAUCAGAAGAUUCGUUCAUCCGGGCACACAAUCCCUCCCCGCUACCUCCAGGUUUCAAUAAACCUCAACCCACCAGAGUCUCGCCCCCAAAUGAAGAUCAAGCGAGGAUAGGGCGUUUGGUCAGAGCAUUUCAAGAUCACGGCCACAAAGCCGCAAGGACGAACCCGCUGGGUAUCAAAAGUCGAAAUUCGUCGGUACCGGAACUCGAACUCGAUUUCUAUGGCUUUGCAGAUGCCGAUUUGGACCGAGUCUUUACGUUGGGGGCUGAAGUACUCCCCGAGUAUCAUACCUCUACCGGGAAACAAAUCACACUUCGUGAUAUUGUCAAAGCCUGCAAAGCUCAGUAUUGUGGCUCCAUUGGAACUGAGUACUCACACGUUGCUACGCUCGAAGAACGUGAUUGGAUUCGCAACCGAAUCGAGUCCCCUGGCCUCUAUCAUUUCUCCGUGGAAGAAAAAAAGAGAAUACUUGAUCGAUUAGUGUGGUCAACCAAUUUCGAGAAGUUCCUUGCUUCCAAAUUUCCAAACGCCAAACGAUUUGGCUUAGAAGGUGCCGAAAGCCAGCUUCCAGCCGUGAAAGCAAUCAUUGAUUCAAGCGCCGAACAUGGGGUGCGCAACAUUAUCUUUCCCUGCUGUCACCGUGGGAAACUCAAUAUUAUGAGCAAUGUGACGCGGAAACCCAAUGAAUUGAUCUUCAACGAGUUUUUGGGCGAAAUGAAAUCCCGACCUGAUAUUCCUGGUGAUGUCAAAUACCAUCUUGGAAUGAACUAUGAGCGCGAGACCCCAUCUGGAAAGAAGGUCAAUAUUUCUAUCUUGCCGAAUCCAUCCCAUUUGGAAGCACAGGAUCCCGUUGCUCAGGGGAUGGCCCGCGCUGUCCAACAACAGAAUGGAGAAGACAGAUCGUCUACCAUGGUUCUCAACAGCCACACUGAUGCCUCUUUCUCCGGACAAGGUGUGAUCUACGAGACUCUGGGACUUUCAGGUCUAAAGUCAUACGAGACUGGCGGGACCGUCCAUUUGAUUGUGAACAAUCAAGUCGGCUUCACCACAGAUCCCGAGUCCGCCCGGACAUCUUAUUAUGCAUCCGAUAUCGCGAAGGGUAUCAAUGCGCCUGUUUUCCAUGUUAAUGCAGAUGACGUUGAAGCAGUUGUUUUUGUGUCAAAACUCGCAGCGGACUACCGAGCGAGAUUUGCAAAAGACGUUUGGGUCGACUUGAUCUGCUAUCGAAAGAAUGGACACAACGAGAUGGAUCAACCAUCCUUCACCCAGCCAUUGAUGUACGAGGAAAUUGCAAACAAAACCCCACAGUUGCAGCUUUAUGUCGAUAAAUUGACGAGGGAAGGGGUCAUCUCACGCGAAGAAGUCUCAGCCAUGGAAGCUGCUGUGUGGAACACCCUGAGUGAGAGUCUCGAGAGCAGCAAAGACAUGAAGCCCGUCGAUCGGGAGUAUUUGACAAAGCCAUGGGAGGCUCUCAAAAAGCCAGAAGAUGUUGCCCGAGAGGUCUAUCGUCCAAAGCCAACGUCAAUUACUCAAGAUGUUGUCGACACGGUGGCGAGCAAACUGGGUGUCCCAGAGAAGCCAUUUGUCGUCCACAAAAGUUUGAACAGGAUCCUUCAAAAAAGACAGGAGAGCUUUAAAGAUGGGCAAGGUAUUGAUUGGGCUACGGCGGAAGCUCUAGCAAUGGGAAGCCUCUGUCUAGAAGGCCACCAUGUACGAGUUUCGGGCCAAGAUGUUGAACGAGGGACCUUCUCACAGCGCCAUGCAUUGCUGCAUGAUCAGAAUGACGCUUCAAAGAAUAUCCCCCUUGACACACUAAGUCGAGAUCAAGCUAGAUUCACCAUUGGCAAUUCCUCACUGAGUGAAUAUGGCGUCAUGGGAUUCGAUUACGGGUACUCUUGCAUGCACCCAAAUGCAUUGGUAAUGUGGGAAGCCCAAUUUGGAGACUUCGCAAAUAAUGCUCAGUGCAUUAUUGACCAGUUCAUUGCCUCUGGUGAAGACAAGUGGUUACUUCGAUCCGGUCUUGUGCUCUCCUUGCCUCACGGAUUUGAUGGACAAGGAUCAGAGCAUUCCUCUGCCCGUAUGGAGAGAUUCUUACAACUCUGUAACGAGGAUGCUCGCUUUUAUCCGUCGCCAGAAAAGCUAGAGAGACAACACCAAGAUGCUAAUAUACAGAUUGUUUGCAUGACGACCCCUGCAAACUUGUUCCACGUUCUGAGGCGACAACUACACCGGGAGUUUAGAAAGCCGUUGAUCAUUUUCUUCUCAAAGUCCCUUCUUCGUCACCCGAUGGUCAAAUCCAACAUUACAGAGUGUAUGGGGGACUCUGGAUUCCAGCCUCUUAUUCCUGACCCAAACCACGGAGUCUCAAUUUCCGAGCCAUCUGAAAUCAAGCGGGUGAUCUACUGCACGGGACAAGUAUACAUGGCACUGGCAAACUAUCGUGAAACGCACAACAUCACCGACACGGCGAUUACUCGCAUUGAGCAACUUCAUCCGUUCCCUUGGCAGCAGGUGAAAGAGAAUCUCAAUAGCUACACCAGUGCGUUGGAUUUUGUCUGGUGCCAAGAAGAGUCUCUCAACGACGGUCCAUGGGCAUUUGCCCGAACUAGGCUGGAGACCAUCUUUGAUACCAUGGAACAGUUCAAAGGUCGUCGGGUACGAUUUGCAGGACGUGAAGCCACAUCUUGUGUUGCCACCGGAUUUGGAAAGGAACAUCAUGCCCAAGAGCGCGGCUUGAUCCGGGAGGCCUUUGGUCAUCAUGAAGUCCAAGACAGUUCCGCUUAG